UUAUAAGCUUUACUAUUUUCAUGCUGCCAAACACAACACCACAUCUGCAUAAGCGAGUCCCCUUGAUUAUGGGUGGAGCAGGUUGAAAAAGUCCACUGUAUCUUCAAAAGCGGAUCCACCACAGAAUUUUCCAAGCUCUUCCUUGGAUGUUAUUUCUCGUAGCCGUUUAUAAGUAACCUUCUCCGAAAACAACUUUUUAUUUUUACAGAGAAACGGCGCGAUGUCGAAGAGCGGCGAGCAGUUGAGAAAGAAGACGGAGGAGGAAGAGAGAGCAGAAGAAAAGGCCUCCAAACUCCGGGGCCUGCCAAUGGAGAGCAGCCCUUAUCUCAAGUAUACUGAUUUGGAGGAUUACAAACGCCAAGGCUACGGCACCGAAGGACACCUGGAACCUAAGCCUAAUCAAGGCGGUGGCGGCACCGAUGCUCCCACCCUCGCCGGAACUGACCUCUCCAAGGGACCAGCCUCCGUUGUAGACGCGGCCCACCGCGUUGGCAUCCCCUGAUCAAAACAUAUGUAAUAUAUUAUUAAUUUAAUUAGUUUCUAAGGUUUAUUUUAUAACCGGAUGAACUAGUAUGCGAUUUUUAAUCUUCAAUGAAAUUUUAUAAAUUCUGAUUCAA